AUGGUCAGGUUAGAGUGGACGUCACUGACUUCCGACGCGAAUUCUAUCCUCGCGAAGCUUGCACCGACGAUUCUAGCUGCGAUACUGUGUGGUUUCGUCAUUCCUCGAAUCAUUCGCUGGUUCCAAAUCUGGAACGCUCUCAGAGCUCUGCCGGGCCCGUCGAAGGACAGCUUGCCCUUCUGGUUCAUUCUGACGCUCGCCAGAAGCUACGUCCGGGACAAGAUACAACUGAAGGAUUCUACAGCAUGGGUAUUCGAUCAAAUUCGAGUUCACUGUGAGCGGUACGUGGGAAAGACUUUCAAAGUAUACAUUGGUAUGACACCAUUGGUCGUCGUUCACACACCGGACGCGACAGAGGCGCUGCUUUCUAGCACUACAAACCUCCGGAAGCCAUUCCUGUACGAUUUUCUGGCGGGCUGGUUAGGAAAACAAAGCAUGGUGUUGGCCACCGGCAGCAUAUGGCGCUUCAAACGGAAGUUGAUGACCCCGGCGUUUCAUUUCUGAAUUCUGGAGAACUACAUGGCCAUUUUCAACCAGAAUGCCGACUUGCUCGUCCGCCGCCUCUGUUCCUUCGUCGACAAGGCUCCGAGCGAACCGAUUCGACUGUUCGAGAACACGCAGAAAUGCGCCCUGGACAUCAUCGGAGAAGUCACGAUGGGAGCCAAGCUUCACGUCCAAGAGGGCAAAAACUUAAACUUUAUGAGCUCCUUCAAUAGUGCUUCUCUUCUCGUCGGUCUCAGGGCACUGAGACCAUGGCUCUGGCUGCAGUUCAUCUACGACCAUACGUCCGAAGGAAAACUCUUCAAGAAAAACAUGAAGGAAAUCGAAUCAUUCACGCAUUUUGUGAUGCUGGAGCGUAAAGAAAAGCUCGAAAAAAUCGAAGCCAUGCGAGAGUCAGAUUUUCAAGAUGAUGAAAUUAAGAUGUCGAGAACAGAUCCAACGCUGAUGAACCUUCUGCUGAGGGCGCAUCUUCAAGACAACAAGUAUACCGAGGAGGACGUCAAAAAAGACAUUGACACGGUGUUUGGAGCGGGAAACGACACAACCACAUCAGCCACUUGUUGGACCCUUUAUCUACUUGGGCUUAAUUCGAAGAUACAGGCAAAGGUGCACCAUGAACUGGACGAAAUAUUAGGGAGGGACACAGAUCGAGAGAUUACGACCGAUGACCUUAGACGAAUGAAGUACCUCGAGUGCUGUCUAAAGGAGGGCCUGAGACUGUAUCCGUCAUUUCCGUACAUUGGGAGGGUACUGGACCAUGACCUUGAAAUAGAUGGCUACAAGAUACCAAAAGGCGUGUCGUGCUUCGUUAAUAUAUAUAGCCUCCACAGAAAUCCGGAGCACUUCAAGAAUCCCGAAGAGUUUGUUCCGGAUCGAUUUAUGGGUCACGAGACGACAAGGCGACACCCCUUCAGCUACAUUCCAUUCUCUGGAGGCCCAAAGAACUGUCUUGGGCAGAGAUUCGCGACGGUUGAAUCCAAGCUACUGUUGGCGAAGGUACUUUCCAAGUUCACGAUUGAAUCCACGAGGCCGCUGGAGCAGAUCAAGGUGACGUUCGAAGUAAUCAUAAGAGCCAGAGGAGGACACCAAGUGUGGCUUCGAAGACGAACACAGAUGGACUCGUUUCAGCAACUCAAUUAA